UAAUUAAUUAAUUAAAAGUAUAUAAAUAGGGAGCUGAACUCGUUUCCAAACUUAACCAUGGCGUGUCCUUUCAUAGAUGAGGUGGUGGAUGAGGGAGCUAUAGUCUUGCGGAGGGCAUUUCAAAGAGAGAGAACUUUCAGAGACAGGUCAGACCCAUUGGCUUUUAAUGACAGCUACCUGUAUGAGCGAUAUAGGUUCUCAAGAGAUGGGAUUGCAUAUAUUUGUAGAUUACUUAGCCCACACAUUGCAAAUAAAACACGCCGCAACAGAGCGCUCACAGUCCCACAGACGGUGUGCAUUGCACUUCGCUUUUUUGCCAGUGGAACAUUUUUGUACACAGUUGGAGAUGCAGAGAAUAUCAGCAAAGCAUCAGUUUGCCGCUCUGUACGAACUGUGUACCUUUCUUUAAAAAGACUACUCAAUGUGUUCAUCACAUUCCCUGGCCACAAAGCUAUUCGUACCAUUAAACAUGCCUUUUAUGGAAUAGCUGGUUUCCCAAAUGUUAUCGGUGCAUUGGACUGCACCCAUGUGCGUAUUAAGUGUCCGUCUGGUCCACAUGAAGCGGACUUUGUGAAUAGGAAAUCAGUACACAGCAUCAAUGUACAGAUUAUUAGUGAUGCAGAUUGCAUCAUCACAAAUGUAGAGGCCAAAUGGCCAGGCUCUGUGCAUGACUCCAGAAUCUUUAGAGCCUCAUCUCUCUACCAACAACUAGCAAGAGGAGAAUUCUCAGGAGUUUUGCUGGGAGACAAGGGAUACCCAUGUCUGCCUUACCUCUUGACUCCCUAUCAGGAGCCCCAGACAGAGGCACAGCACCGCUACAACGUUGCCCAUGCACGCACAAGAGGUCGUAUAGAGAUGGCAUUUGGGCUGAUAAAGUCAAGGUUCCAGUGCCUGAAGCACCUCAGAGUGACUCCACCUAGGGCAUGUGACAUUGUAGUUGCUUGUGUAGUGCUCCAUAACAUUGCUUGUCUGAGGAGAGAGAGGCAACCAAGGAUUGUUGAAGAGGAAGACUGGGGCAAUGAAGCAGUAUUGGAAGAAAACGAAACAGGCAGACUUAUACGAGACACAUAUGCAAAUAAUGAUUUUGCUUUAAGGCUUUAA